UUUAUUGGAUGUUUUAUAGAUGUAGCCCACAUACUACACUUAUAUAGUGUUAUGUAUAGACCACGCGGACAUGGCGGCGGCUGAUGCUCGACUGACUGAGUGACGCAUCGGUCUAUGUUGCCAACCUGAGUCACCAAAUAUCCUCAUCCAUACUAUAUACAACACUUCCCCCCAUUUAAUUUGUCACGUAAUCAUCUAACUUUCUUGGUGGCACUCGAUGUCUCCUCGAGGACCUGUCCUGAGUACGGCCUAGUACAGAACUGGAAGGAAAACCCCUGAAUGGAGGAGAUCCUUGGGAGAUCCCCGGGCUGUUUCCAUAUCCAGGCAUCUCGGAAGCUGAUUUUACGGGUGUCCCUGCUGCCGCUGUGGACUCAUCUGCAGUCGUCCGACCCCGUUCGCCAGUUGGUUCUGCUGCUGUUAUGGCCGCCGCUGCUGGCUGCUGCGUACCUUCACUGCUGGGGCGAACUCCGGAUGCAAACUGGUGUGUCCGCUGCAAAAACGUCUGCUCCCUACAGGACACUGCCUCCCCAGGACACUGUCCCCUGUCUGGCUGGCUACUUCUUCGACGUAACUGAUCGACGUGCCUCCUGUGUAAGCCUCCUUGCUCAUCUUUGACCCCAUAUAUCAGCAACCCUUCUACCCCAGAGAUCCAGCCUGGUAUCCACUUUGGGACUCUUCUAUAAUUCCGCAGCCACACUGCCUCACCUUCUCUGAAGUGUCGAACCCGCGUCGCUACCGUAUUGUCCGCCUGACUUCUCUGAACUGUACCUGUUGCUGGAUGGAGUUUUGUCAAAGCUGUCUGUAAUGAUCGCCCCAUCAACAACUCCGCGGGAGUUUUCCAAGUGUUAUUUUCCCCUUGUCUUGGCGUAGUGCGCCAUGCCAACAGCGUCCGUGCUAUUCGAGUUCGCCAGUCACCCAAUACCAGUUUACGGAGUUUCACCUUGAAAGUUUGCACCGUCCUCUCCGCCAACCCAUUACUCGAAGGAUGAUAGGGUGGUGCGAAAACCAUGUCAAUGCCAUUAUUUUUUAAAAACUGUGCCAUCUCUUGGGAUCGGAAGGCUGUCCCAUUAUCUGCCACCACAGUGUCUGGCAGUCCAUGAUAACUGAAUAUGUCUCGUAAUUCUUGAAUUACGGCUGUUGCAGUCAUACUUCCCACUUGCCUGACCUCUGGCCACUUGGAAUACGCAUCGACUACAAUGAGAAAAUUAGCUCCUUGAAAUGGUCCCGCAAAAUCUAUGUGCAAUCGAGACCAUGGUUUGUCAGCUGUGGGCCAGGCUACUGCUUUAACCUUAGGUGGAUUAUUUUGACACUGCUGACAACUUUUGCAUUCCUUCACAACCUGUUCAAUUGCAGCAUCUAGUUUUGGCCACCAAAAGUAACUCCUUGCCAACGCUUUCAUAUGCACCACCCCAUCAUGGUUUGCAUGAAGCAUGCUCAUCACCUCUGUCCGUAACUGUGGUGGGAUUACUACCCUGGAUCCCCACAACAAACACUCCUUGUGAACAGACAGUUCCAGCUUCCGUCGAACAUAGGGCUGCAUCUCCUCUGUCACUUGAUCUGGCCAUCCAUUUUGUGUAUAUGUCAACACCUUGCACAGUAAAUGAUCCUUCCCAGUCUCUCUUGCUAUUGUCUGUGGAUCGACAAACACUUCCCCCGCUUCUUCCAGCAUGAGAAUUUCACUGGGACCUGGAACUGGGAAUGCAGGUGACUGCAGAGGCAAUCUGCUAAGGGCAUCAGCAUGCUGUAUUUGGGUCCCUGGUCUGAAUUCUAGUUCAAAAUCAUACAUUCCUAACAUCAAACUCCAUCUCAACAAUCGCGGUGAAAUGGUAUCUGGAACGGGCUGCUUGGGAUGGAGAAGGCGCAAGAGUGGCUUAUGGUCAGUCACAAUCUUGAACUGUCUUCCGAUCAAAUAUUGUUUAAAUUUGGACACCCCAAAAAUGACAGCCAAGGCCUCUUUGUCCACCUGCGCGUAGUUUCGUUCGCUCUUUUGUAGUGUCCUAGACCCAAAUGCGAUUGGAGCUUCCGUCCCAUUACCCAGAUCAUGGGCCAGCACCGCCCCUACCCCAUACUCAGAUGCAUCACAUGUUAAAACUAAGGGUUUGUUUAGGUCAUAGUGUAUCAAGACUUGCUCCGAUCGUAAAAGCUGCUUGGCCUCUUCAAACGCCCUUGCGUGUGCAUCUGUCCAGCACCAUGGAGUGUUGGCAUCCAGCAGUCUGUGAAGAGGCUCUAAUACAUCUGCUUUGUGACAAAGAAAUCUCUCAUAAAAAUUCAAGAGACCCAAAAAUGCCUGGAGCUCUUUUUUGUUACUAGGUUCUGGCGCAUCGUGAACUGCUUCAACCUUACUUGAAAGUGGAUGGAUACCCAUCUUGUCAAUUCUGUGUCCCAGGAAAACAACUGAAUCCACCCCCCAAACACAUUUUUCACUCUUUAACCUAAGCCCUGCACUUUGCAACCGUCCCAGGACUUCACGGACACGACUCCAGUGCUCAUUGUCACCUCCUCCGGAUAUUAAUAUAUCAUCAAGUAAUACUACUGUACCAGGUAUGCCAGCAAGCAAGGUGUCCAUCAACCGCUGGAAUAUCGCUGGACCACUACUUAUGCCAAAUGGUAAUCUCUUAACCUUGAACAACCCCUUCAUGGUAUUUACCGUAAGCAAUUUUGCUGUGCCCUCAUCUACAGUUACCUGCAAAUAUGCUUCCUCCAGAUCCAGUUUUGAGAACAGCUGUCCUCCCUCUAGUACUGCUAGUGCUUCACUGACAGUGGGCAAUGGGUACACACUAGUGUCACACACGCUGUUUACAGUGCCCUUAUAGUUCCCGCAAAGCCGAAUGGACCCGUCUUUCUUCAAAAUGGGUAUGACUGGAGUCGCCCAACCCGAAAAGUCCACUGGUUCAUACACUCCACGCUGCACUAACCUAUCUAUUUCCUGGCUCACCUUGUCUCUCAAAGCAAAUGGUAUUGGCCGGCUCUUUUUAAACACAGGGUCACAUUCUGGUGGAACUGUUAUUGUCACUUGUGGUCCUACAUAUUUUCCCAGCUUAUCUGCCUUAAACACAUCCGGAAACUCCCUAACAAUCCCUGCUGCCAAGUCUUCCCUAACCUUGUUCACCCCCACUAACUUAAUUCCCAGAGGUGCAAACCAAUCUCGUCCCAGCAAAUUCGGCCCUUGUCCUUCCACCACUACCAACUCUAGGAGUACCGCUGACUCACGCCCCUUCAGUUGUACAGCAACUUCCAUAACCCCCAUCACCUGUAGAUAUUCGCUGGACCAGGUGCGUAAUAACAUGUCCUUCCUUGUCAGUGGAGGUUCCUGAGGCCACAGGGCCUUGUAAGUUCUCCCGCUGAUAAUCGAUCGACCUGCCCCCGUGUCAACUUCCAUCAUCGCUGAUUUCCCAUCCAGCAACACUUCCACACACCACGGUUUCCUGGGCUGUUGUUCCCGCAUAUUGUACAGCGUAUAUUGCGUGGCAGCACCUUCCGAACAAUCCUCUUCAAAAUGCUGUACUUCCUGUGCCACUUCUCGUUGCGCUAGGUCGUUUGUUUUCGAAACUCCCUCAUGCUUUUUUUUUGUGAUACAAGCCCGCUCAAUGUGUCCCCUCUUUUUACAGAACCGGCAUACAGUGUUCCAAUGUCGGCACGUGUCUGCUGCGUGCUGCCCAUUACAGCGCCAACAUAGCUGGUUCUCGUUGUCUCUUCCCUUCCUUAUCGCUUCCCUUUGUCUUCCCAGUGAUAUAGUGUUCGACUUAACCGAACCCGCCGGUUUUGAAUAUCUUGACACGCCAUUGUUCACUUUGUGUACACUCUCUUCCACUAUUGUACUGUCUCUCAAGUCCGCCAUGUUCUGUCCAGUCGCCUCUGUUGCCAUCGCAAUAUCCACUGCUUCUUUCAAGGUGCUGCAAGUGGCGACGGCACAGUUCACUGAAGUCAGCUCCGACCAACCGCCGCCCGUGACGGACGCCAGCGAGAGCAGCGUGAAGUGCACCUCGAGCGGCUACAAGUGCAGCGCCGACUGCAGCCAGCUGGUGGACUGCAUCAGCACGGGCCAGCACUUCCAGCCGGUGCCGAUGACCUGCAAGGCCCACGAGCUGUGCGACCCGUACCGCAAGGCGUGCUCUAACUCCCUGACCGCGUGCCCGCGGUUCCAGUGCGCGACCGAAGGGGUGUUCCCGGACCUCGUGGACUGCGCCGUGUUCCACGUGUGCGACUCCAACCGCAGAGACACGGCGUCUCUCUGCGACAGCGGCUACGCCUACAACGCCUCGGCGGGCCAGUGCAACAUAGAGAUCGCAGAUAACCCCGGCGUGUGCGAGUCCACGCCGGUCCCCCAGUGCGCCAACUCCUCGCAGUACGGGGUCCUCGCGUCGAACCCUUCCAUUUACUACAUCUGCGACGACCAGCGACCCCGGUUAUUCUCCUGCAAGGACAACAUGCAGUUUAAUGUGGAAACAUACACCUGUCAAGAUGCCUCCUUGGCGUGUGCCACACGCACUGGAAACUUCGCAGAUCCCAACAACUGCAAGCGAUAUUAUACUUGCGUUAAGAAAGGUGCAUUUGCUGUGCAUAACACGUGCCCAUCUGGACAGUAUUUCAGCACUUCCUACUUGACCUGUCAGCCCGGGAGUUGUAGUAGCUAGAUGCAUUAGUUAAAAAAAAAAAAUUAAUUAACAGCAGAUGUGAUGAAUUAUUUUUUAUACAUUCGAGCGUGUGGUUUAGGCAGAACAUUUUGGACCCUUCAGUUGUUGGCUUUCCGUAACAAGAUUAGUUUUUCACGGUGCGUCACCAUCUAAAAGUUCUUCAACCUCACAUUUACAGUUUAUUUUUUGUAAGUGCAGAAAUGAAUAAAUACAUUUAUAAACAGAAA